GUGCCCAAAGCUCAUAAUCUGCAGGCGACAACAUCUGUCACCUCGCUAGUACCUGCUGCUGAUCCGCAGAAUACGAAGUUCAGCGGUGCGCCCCCAAUACCUCCGCCAAAAACAGAGCAACACAAGACCAGAAGCGCAUCAGCCCCGCUUGAUGUUCCCGCGCUCCCAUCUGAACACUCAGCUCCUCCCUUGGUGAUCAGCCCCAGCUCUACCUCUGCGCUAUUAUACAUACAAAGUCAGGAUGAGCAGAAGGUGCAGACGCCGCGAACAGAUCUCGCCAGGGACAAACCUAACAGCCAGACGAAGCAGGACUGGAGGAAGAGUGAUGCGACGACAACGAGCUAUGUGACCAUUCGUCCGAAUACAUUGUCUGGGACGCGCUCGCCUCGUCCCGUCUCUCUCGCUGAGUCGUCGCAUUCUGGCCACACCAUAGUGCCUGCGAACAAACGCCUCAGUGCUCUUAUAACCGACGCGGAGUUUGCGAUGGCGGAAGAGGACGAUUCGGAUUCGGAGGAAGACAUCGUUAGAGUCUCUAUGUCUGGACGACUCUCUCCAGUAGCCUCUGCGGAGACCCGGAACCGUCGCUCUGUCUCGGUCGAUAUUAUUCCUGCUCACAAGUCAAAUUUGUCAGGUCCUCCCAAUCCACACUCCGCGACAUUGCCUUUGACGCGGUUUAUGACGGAGACGUCGUAUGUAAGCUCUCAGCCGUCGCGAGAUCAUCCCACUCUCGGCAACAUCGCCGCCAACAGGCUCAUUGCUCCUCCGUCGCCUCCAGAUGCUGCGUACCUUACUGGCACCAAUGUACGCAGCCGCAUAGCGGCCUGGACGGCUAUGACCUCUAACACCGAGCGGAUGCCUCCCCCGUCACCCCGGCCGUCGUACUCUCGGCGCACUAAUGCAGCCGUGAACCCCAGCUUCCGUCAGACAGCUAUUAGUAUCACCGGCAGUCUUGCACCCGCCGCCCUUGGGCUGGGCAAGCGUGCGGCUGAGAAGGUCCACCGGGUUUGGGGCGGGUUCAGCGCAAGCUCGUCAAGCCACUCCGCUUGUUCUUCCACGUCCUCUCUCAGCGGGUCGAUCUCCGGUACUGCACCUUCAUCUUUCAAUAAUGGGAAGCUCGCUGAUACCAUUGGUCGGACCGCUUCGGGGCAAUCAGUUAGCGGACAACCACCGCUACCGGGUGCAUGGAAAUCCAAGCGGAGAACGCCUAAUGCCCCUUCCGGGUCGUGGAGCGUAUCCUCGUCCGUCACGAAUCUGUCAGAUAUCGAUGGGUUUUCAGGUCCUAACCUUGGUACGUGCCUUAGGGGUCCCCAGCUCAAUAGAGCCGGCGUGCCCAUAGCCGGCGGCUUGGUCUUCGGCAGGGACCUCUGGACGUGCGUGCAACAGACUGCGACAGAUGCCGUGCGGCAGCAGCUCGAGUAUGGGGAAUUCACGGAUCCUGUAACAAAGCGGUCAUUAGAAGAACGGAUGUUACCUGUCUUGGUAACGCGCUGUGCCCAGCACCUCCAUCUAUGGGGGUUGCAGGAGGAGGGUCUAUUUCGGUGAGUCGAGCUCCACUAUACUAGGUGCUGAAAGAUUGACUCUAUUGUGAUAGCUUGAAUGGGCGACCGGCGCAUGUAGCAAAGUUGCGCGCCGAGUUCGACGCCGGUGCCGAUUAUAGCUUGGUGGAGAGCGAUCCCGGUGAUCUCGAUCCUCAUGCAGUGGCUUCUAUCUUCAAAGCGUACCUCCGAGAGCGUAAGCCG